GCAAAUUUAGAAAACAAACCAGUAAAUGGCCGCAGACCAGAACUCAUGGAAUGCAGUAUAUGUGGUCAUGGUGAAAAAUACAGGGUGAAAACAAACCAAGCAGUACCCAUUGAAAAUGUGCAGUCUAAGGAGAAAGAAAAAAUGACGGGCUUAGAAGCAGAGAAGUGGGCACAUAACGAGAAGCCAUCUUUUGGUGUCCAGGUAAAUGGAGAUAUCCAUGGAACUGUGACAGGCAACGAACACUUGAAAAAUGCUGAAGACAGUGAAAGAGCAGUUUCUCCCAGUCACUUAGCUGAGCCAAAAAAAUCAUUUGCACAGACCAUCAAAAAUGGCAUAAAAACCCUACAUUAUUCACCACCAGAAGCAGUUGCUUCUCUGAAAAAAGUAUCUGUAGAGGAAAGGACAGAUUUGACAAGCAACUCCUAUAUACAAUGGACAAAGGCUACCGAUCUGAAUCAUAUAGUAAACACUCUGACAACUGGCAUUGGCUGCAUUCACCCAGAGAAACAAGGAAAUGUUUUAGUGAAAGAGGAAAACUGCACUUGCAGCAUCUUUCGGGAUUCUGAUAAAUCAGUUUUGCAGACGAGUUCCAUUUCGGAUCUGCAAGAAAGCUUGUGUUGUCCUCCACUGCCCGAAGAGGAAGUGCACAUAGGGAAGGAUGGCUUUAAAAUACCGAACGCAGAGACACAGCAUGAGGAUUCUUCACUCCAGCCAACUUUCUUGUCCCUGAUUAAAACCAGAAAUUUAACUGUAGAGCAGGUUGUAGCUAUUGAAGCUUUAACGCAGUUAUCCGAAAUCCCUUUAGAAACAACUUCACCAGCUAAAACUGAAAGUACUGAACGUACAGAAGAAACAAAUUCCAACUUGCUCCAUAGUUACAAAAGGGAUAUUUCAUCCUCCUUCACAUCUUCUGCAUUAAAAGAAAUCAAAGACACUUACUUACAGAAUGAGCAACAGCUCUUGGCUCACUGCGCUCACUCGCAGAAGCAGCUCCCUAACAAGGCAGUGUUAUACAAUGGCCGAAGUUCAGUUUCUCCACUGCAUGAUAAACCUGCCAGUGUGGCUGGUGAGAUGUAUAAAUUACAGUUCUCCUCAAAAGAUAACCAAACUUUAUCUGACUUAACAGUAAAAUCAUUUUCAGGAUAUGCUACCAAGAAAAAUUACACUCAUGAGGCAGUCACCCUUUCACGGUAUUGCAGUGCUCCGCGUAACAGCCAGCAAACAAGUAACAGCUUGGAAACUCUUGGCCAGUUAGAGCAAAAGCCAACCUGUAAUGAUUUGAACUUGGAAGCCAGUUCUUUGAUUAAGGAAGGAGGAAUUCACAGCCAGGAUGAGGAGGAUGUAGCUACACAACUAACCCAACUUGCGGCGCUAAUUGAAUCAAACCAGACAAAUCUAGAGCAGAAGAAUGACAUAAAGGCAUCACUGCUUAAUCUAAUAUCACAUGAGAGGCAGCCAAAAUACAACCAAGAUCUCUUGCAAAAAAAAGAGUCUGUAUUUUUUAGGCAUAAUUAUAGUUCCUUACUGUUAAAGCAAAAACAAGCAGCAAAUAAAAAAGGAAAUGCUGUACCAUGGAAACCGAGACACAAAAAGAAGCCUCAAGAAGCACGCUAUCAACAAAAUAAUCAAAACCAGCUAGAGCUGUUGUCAUGCCAGCAUAAUGAGUUACAGGACAUUUGGAUAUCAUCAAAACUGCAUAAGCUUGGUCAAACCAUGCCACAGGACUCCAGAAUAGCGCUGUCUGAAAAAAAAUCUCCAAGAACCAAAGUACAGAGAGCACUGAGUCAAAAUACUUUAGCAUCACAAGAAAAAACUAGAUUAUUUCUCCCUCAAACGCAGAUAAAAUUCCAUCGAUGUUUACCCGAGAUACCACAAGAGAAAAAAAAAGACAGGCUGGUUGGCUGUGAAGUGGUGAAUGAGCAAAUCAAAACUGCGGGCUCCGGUGACCCACUAGGCAUUGAUCCACUGAAAAAUGAAGUUGUUGCACGUAACCAAUAUAGUGACCUGUCCUCCUGUAAUCCUCUGGCUGUUUCACAGUUGAAAGCAGCGUCUUUAUUGAACAGACCAAGUGAAAACCUACAGAUGUUUACAGAAAAACGUAAUUCUCAGGUACAGCAAACCGCGAAUGUCAGUCAGAUGCAUGCUUUGCCUCAAGCUUUUAAUCAGUCUAACCUGAGAGCUCACGAAGUGCAUAGUGAAGACAAAGCCUAUAUUCAGCAGGGUGCUGUCGAACAAGUAGAUCUGAAGUCACAGGUGCUGCCUGUUCCCUGUGGUGGGGCCCAGGUACCAGGUGCUGUUGAAGCUCUCAGGAAUACGGAGUGUGCGGGAGAAGCGACCGUUCUCACGUCAACCAGUUUGGGUACUGACCACCCACAGAGCACAGGCGACUCAGGGUGUUCUCCAGCAAAAAACACUCUCAGCAGUUUCCUUGAAUCACCCAUGAAGUUUCUUGAUACCCCUACAAAAAAUUUAAUAGAUACACCUACAAAAAAAGGACAAUCUGAAUUGCCAACUUGCGACUGUGUUGAGCAAAUUAUAGAGAAAGAUGAAGGCCCAUAUUACACACACCUUGGGACGGGACCAAGUGUUGCUGCUGUGAGAGAAAUAAUGGAGAACAGGUAUGGAGCAAAAGGAAGCGCUGUAAGAAUAGAGGUAGUGGUUUAUACGGGAAAGGAAGGAAAAAGCUCUCAGGGGUGUCCAAUUGCCAAGUGGGAGCCAGGAAAUGAGGUAACAGACACAAGCUCCAGGAGAGAGCUUGGAAAGAAUUGAUUGUCCUUAAUCUUUGCUGAAACCACCGAGGGAGGUAAAAAGUAGACUGGAAAUGUUGUAAACUGAGUUUUGGAAAAUAAUAACAGAACUUGGUUG